AUACGAUGCAAUCAAAUUAAACUAAUCUUUGUAAGACGCUAUACACUCAUUUCUUAUUUGUUUUUCCUUAGAUUGCGUAAAGUUAAAAUGGAUCAGAGGAAAUUAAUGGACAAUGCAAACACAAUAACAGAUAUGGCCAAAACUCAAAAUACGGUUUAUGAAAUAAUAUCAGACAUGUCAACACGUCAAGAUGGAAUUGAUGAACGACUAUCAAGUCUUGAAGAUAAAUUACAAGCUUUAACGGAAAACUUUGAAUCCAUGCCAGAUAUUAUAAUGAGAUGUCUUACCCAACAUCACGAGAGAAUUGAAAAUCGCAAAAAUUUUCUGCACCCAGAUGCUGCUGUAUUGUCUUCAAUUCAAUCGUUUCAAACUACUUCGGCAAAUCCUACUUUCUUCUCUCAUUCAAGAAGUACUACAUCAUACCCGUUAUCAUAUCAAUGUCCUACAAAUAUGCCUGCUGCCCCUGGCAGGAAUUUACAACUGGUUUCUGAGUCAAUGAAUAUAAAUAAUGCAAAUAAUCAGUCUACAUUUCCAACAAAAUUCAAUAGCUGAAAUAAACAUCAACACAGGGAUAAUUGAAAUUAUUAAAUAUGAAAAUUAAAUAAAUUUUACCGAUUUAUGUAAGGUUUUUUUUGUCAAUAAUAUGUUAUGGUUGUUAUGCGUUCAUGUGUUGUUACGUAAAUAAAAAAAGUCAUAAAAAGUACUUUAAAAACUA